GUUUGUAUGUCUUCAUUCAAUUGUGUUAUCUGUGUUUUUAUUUACAAUGACUACACAGCCCAUCCUUUGUGCCUCAGGUUACUAAGCGCCCUGUGGAGCCAGUUUCCCUCUUAUCUCAACUCAAUCUUCUUCUUUGCCAUCACAUCACAAGCUGAUCAAUUAAGACACACACACCGGAUGUCAACAGGGACAUCCUUCAACAUAAAAGCGCAAUAGUGUUCUCGUGAAAGAGGGCUUUUAUUCUGAACCACCACAGCCAGCAUCUUGACUGUCUGUUUGCUGACUUGACACCAAUCCGUGAUACCAACCAGAAGCUUUUAGUUCAAGACGCAGUUGGAGACGCAGAUGCCAGCAUCAUCCUCAGAUUUCCCCCUGGCACAAAAAUCAAUUAACCCUCGUUUUUUUUCUUCUUCCUAGAUUGUGCUCAAAAACAUAAUUGUAUUUUUUUUUUUUGUGUGAAGAAAUGGGCUGCGCAAUAUCAGGUCUGGCAGCCAAAGCAGAGGUUGGAGAGAGGACUACAGAGGAUGCUGCAGCUGAUGGUGGUGGUGGUGAGCCUCCCAGUGAGGAGCAGAUCCAGAUGAUCAAGGACUCAUGGAAAGUUAUCCGGGACGAUAUAGCCAAAGUUGGGAUAAUUAUGUUUGUCAGGUUGUUUGAGACCCAUCCCGAAUGCAAGGAUGUCUUCUUCCUGUUCCGAGACGUGGAGGACCUGGAGAGGUUGCGGACCAGCCGGGAGCUCAGGGCACACGGCCUACGGGUGAUGUCUUUUAUUGAGAAAAGCGUGGCUAGACUGGAUCAGCUGGAGAGACUGGAAGCUCUGGCUCUGGAGCUGGGAAAAAGCCAUUUUAAUUACAACGCCCCACCUAAGUACUACAGUUACGUCGGAGCUGAAUUCAUCUGUGCCGUGCAGCCCAUCCUGAAGGAGAGGUGGACGCCUGAGCUGGAGGAGGCAUGGAAGACCAUGUUCCAGUUUGUGACCGGCCUAAUGAAGCAGGGAUUCCUGGAGGAGGGCGACAGACAGCGCCACCUCGCAGUCUCCCCAAAGGAAAGACCAGACAAGAGGAACACGGCGCUAUGAGACGCUUCUUCUCUCGACCGCAACUCAAGACUGUUAUUACCUGUACGGCACAGUAAUGUGUUCAUGUAUAUAGUGUAUUUACUGUCUCCUUUUCUACAUGUCUCGUGUUUACCGCAGUCAUUGUUUGCUAUUUUAUCACAAUGGACAAAAAUAAACUUGCAGUGACUUUCCACAACGCACUUUAUUUCUGAACUUAAAUUCUGCUGCAGUCCUCUUCCAUGAGGUGAGGGUCCUGGGAACAUGAUACAAAUGGCUGACAAAAUAUACCGGCUGUAGUUAAACCUGCCUUGUAAUUGUGAUUAACAGAAAUUACAUUAUUAGAAUUACAGCCAAUACUUUCUGUAUUCAUAACUCAAACAUGUCUUUCAGUAAAUUCUCCAACUUUUAACAUUUUGUGUCAUGUUCUGAAAUGUUUUUUUUUAUUUUAAUUACCCACAUUUACUGAAACUAGACAUUUUAUUGGUGUUUAACAUUUUAAGACGGCCAGUUUGACAGCUUGGUAUGAAACAGUGAUUCAAAACAAAAAUAAUAUUAUUGUACUUCAGGAGGUAAAUUAAAAACAUAGGAUAAAGUAAAUUUUCAUCUCCAAUAUUAAGCUUAAUACAGUAAAACUGGUUU